AUGGGGGCAAAGCCCAUGCAACCAUACAAAUCAAAGGACAAAAGGGCUGGUUCUGCUAGGUGUACUCAAAUCCUUGCGAAAAAGAUCAAAACUAAUACCUCUAACAGUCUUGAUCCAUCCAACUGGGAUAGCACACAGAAUUGUGCAAAAUACCAUGCCAAGGUUAUGAAGAAGCAGACAAGGCUGGAUGGAUUACCAAAAAUCAUUGCAGGUACCGAUCUGGCUCUCGAACUCCCAAAGCCCAGGAAGAAGGGUGAUGAUAAGAAGAGAUACCAUACUUUCAUCAAUGGUGGCAAACCUGAAGUGGAACCUCUCAAUCUACCCAAACCAAGUGAAAAGAAUGACAUGCAUGUUUUGGUUUUGGAUGUUUUCAAGUCUUUUGAUGUCUAUGACAACAUAGAGGGAGGAAGAUGUGGUGAUGAUGUCUUGCUUGUUCCUCGGCGUGCCAUAGUAAAGCGAUAUGGAAAAAAGGUAAAUUUCAUGAUAACAGCCAGGGCUUACAAUGAUGCCAUUAACAAGACCCCAACAUCUCCUGAUGAAAAGCUUGACACAGUGAUGAGACGUCUCGUUUUUGAAGAUGUCAACAACACAUAUGGCAAAUGUGGAAUUGGUGUCCACCAAGGUACACAAGGAUUUGUGAAUCAUUUUCUUCCUAUAAAAAUGGAAGACAUUAAUGUGAAAGCCAUCAAGUAUCAUUUGCAGCAAACAAGUGCGAUUACCAAGGUGUACCUUGACACCAUGACCAUUCAAGGACUCAAUCUCUUGAACGAUUUGAUUGGGACUAAGAAUGUGCAAUUGACUGAGAAGUGUGUUGCAAAGUGCAUGUUUCCCUCUUUUGCGUUUGCCAGAAACAGUUAUGUCAGCAUUCACGUGGAUGAUGACUUUAAUCUGUCCAUCAUCACCAUUGUGGCUCCUGAAGGCCUACUAAAAGAGGACUCGGCCGUCCUUGUGUAUUUUUGCUUUCCUACCCUUGGAAGAGCCAUAGCAUUGAGGAAUGGAGAUAUCUUGAUCUUCAAUCCCAGGAUCCCCCAUGGCAUGUCCUCCAGGGUUGAUGCCAAUGGAGAUGAGGUUAUUUGUAUUGCCCAGUAUUACAAAACUGGGGUGGCGGGGCUCAACAAUCGGGACCAAGACACCAGUAUUAUGGAACAAAAGCCACUCCUCCAUGAAUGGUGCAAACGUGAACAAGACACCAGUGAUGUAGAACAGAAGCCACUCCUCCACAAAAGCAAGAAGCAGUGCUGA